GGUAAAAGCGCGUGUCCGUGCUGAGCGCCUUCCCAAUAAAGUCUGUGCGGAGCCGUGCGCUCGGACUCUUGCUUUGCUCGGCGCGCAUGCGCGGGCGGAGCGGGCGCAUGCGCAGUGCGCGCCGCCGCCAUGAACCCGCUGACGAAGGUGAAGCUGAUCAACGAGCUGAACGCGCGGGAGGCGGAGCUGGGCGUGAGCGAGGCGGUGUCGUGGCACGCCGAGUACAAGGACAGCGCCUGGGUCUUUAUCGGCGGGCUGCCCUACCAGCUGACAGAGGGGGACGUCAUCUGCGUGUUCUCGCAGUACGGGGAGGUGGUGAACAUUAAUCUGGUGCGGGACAAGAAGACCGGGAAGUCUAAAGGGUUUUGCUUUCUGUGCUACGAGGACCAGAGGAGCACCGUUCUUGCUGUUGAUAACUUCAAUGGGAUCAAGAUCAAAGGGAGGACGAUCCGAGUGGACCACGUGGCCAACUAUCGGCCUCCCAAAGACUCUGAUGAUUUAGAUGAUGUCACAAGAGCCCUCCACGCAAAGGGCUGCGGAGUGAAAACGCCGCCUCAUACGUCGUCGGAUUCCUCACUGGAGGAUGAUGAUGACACGCCAGUAAAAAAGAAGAAAGAUAAAGAGAAGAGUAAACGUGAACAGCCAAAGCAGAACUCUCAGGCUGUGAAGAGAGCAGCGUCUGCUGAAGAGGCACAUCCAAGAAUUAAGAUUAAAAAAGAGAAGGAAGAUCCUGGCUAUGACCGAUACGCCGGUGGGAGUCAGCAGUCCUGCAGUGAGUCUGAGAGGAAACAUGCAAGCAGGACGCAGCGAGAUGAGGAAGAGCAGAGACACCAGAGGUCUUUGGGGAAGAGGGGGGAAAAGAGCUCCCAGGAACACAGAGGACAGAACAGUUCACGGGAAGAGAGAGAAGAGGUUAGCAGGAGGGGUGAAGGGCGCAGCAGCCGGCGAGAAGAAUGUCCUGAAGGAACCAGAUCCAGGCAGCGGUGGGAGAGCAGCACCAGAGAGUCCCAUUCCAAGCACAGGGAGCAUGGUUCCACCAGAGAUUCCAGCCGUCACUGAGCCGUGGUGCAAGCACCCUCUGGGCCACAGCUGUGCCCACCAAGAGACAGCUGCACAACGUGAGCUGCACCAAGAGCCUGUCCACAGUUUCCUGACGUGUCCUUGAGGGACCACAGCUGGCGUCGCAUCUCACACCGCUUUGACUCGUUCACUUCUCAGACAGGGCUCUCUCUGUGCUGUGGACUGGGAUGUGAGCUCUGUUGCUGCCUUGCUCAGCCCGUCAGUGCGGUGGCAUCCCACAGUAGUUGAGGAGGGGCUCAUGGUGCGCAGUGAGGCACACGCCUGCCCUGCAGUGGGGCGGUGGGGGCUGAGCAGUGGGAUGCUAUGGAUCCCUGAACUGCCCACGUUGUUCUAGGGGAGUGUCCCUGUCCGCAGUGGGGCCGGUGGGUGCCUGCAGGUGGGCACAGCGCUUCGUGCCCCCAGCCUGUCCCACCUAUCUUAUGCGAUGGAUCUCAAGGGCUGUGCUGCUGAGUCAGCGCAGUUCGUGUUUUUUGUUUUAAACUCUUUUUAAUAAAAUUGAUCCGUUAACCAGAAGAGACA